UUUUUAUCAGACUCGCAACCGUCGCCUGUGCCAUUUCUCAGAAAGAAACCAUGAGAAUUUGCUUCUCACCUUCAUCGCUUCUACCAGUCUUCUUUCUGAUCGUCCUCACCGCCGGCAUUUUCAAGGAUGCCGGAUUCAAUCGUUUCGCCGAAGGUGGACAGCGGAGAAUCCACAUUACAGAUGAUCUCGAUGACGUGGUUGACGAUGAAGAGGACGAAUCUUGGAAGGAAUGGGGCAAGAAAAAGUCUGCCUCUAGCGAUUUCGACCUCCCGCCGCCUGAUUUAUCGAAGAUGGAGCUUCCGGAGAUCCAGGCUGAGAUGAUGAAGCGGCAAUCUGGUCCAACUAUGGGAUUUGUGAAGCUUCGGCUCGGCGUUCGUCGGACUCCGGAGAUGGUGGGUACGAUUGCAAUGCAAUGGACGAGAAUUCUGAAAACUGGAUCAAUCGAGGCAAAAUUUAUGGCGGUAGACCUCAGUACACUCAUGUUCACAGUGGACAGAGGACAAGAUUUGGAUGAGUUGAAGGAGUUUGUGUUUAGCCAUCCCGAAUCGUACGAGAUCAAAAUUGGGGAGCAAGCAUUUCGAAGACCUGGAGAUCCUCCUGUUGAGGAAGUCAUUGAGAUGCUCCAAAAGGAUAAGAACAAAGCUGAUGACACCAAUCCUUCAGAAGAUACCGAGCCAUUGCAUCAAGAAUUAUAGAACCAAUAUGGUAUCAAUCUCCAACCUUCAAACUGGGAUUUUUGGAUUUCUUAAUCUGUUUAGCUUUUCAAUCUUGUUGUAGCAAUUGAAUGGAAAUUACUGCAAAAAUAAGUUCUUGCCCCUUAUUACAUGGGAAUUAUUGUCCAUAGACCCCUGGGGACUCUAGGAUUUUGCUCUCCAGUCCCUGUAUUUGGGCUUCUUUUUUCGUUCGGGUAUUUGAUUUUUAAAUAUUAUUUUGGUCCGUGUA